UCCGGCCGGUAUCAGUCAUUCAGUUUUCACUUUUUCAGUCAUAUAUCUCCAUUCACCGCAGUAUCAGAUAAAAAAAUCUAUGUAUUGAGUGAUGUGUUUAAUUUGAAUUCGUUGAUUUUGACGUUUUGGUCGUAGAGUAACUAAACCCAGUCAACUUAAUAGUUUUGUGUUCAAUAAAUCAUAUUUGUACUGUUUUUAAAGAGGUAAUUUAAAUAUUUUCUGGUUUUACAUAUAUUCAAUCACUAGAGACUUACCAUCUAGCCUCUACUAUCUUAUACAUAUAUUUUUAACUGUGUUAUACAAUUAGGUAUAAUAUUAUGUUGGACAUAUCUUUAAGUAAAGCAUAUUUAUUGUGCUGUGCAAUAUUAGUAUUCAUUCGAUGGACAGAAAGUAAAAAUGUGGAGUACGUAACUUGUGGAACUGUUGCAAAGUUGUACAAUAUUGACCUAAAAGUAAGGUUGCAUUCACAUGAUGUUAAAUAUGGGGCAGGCAGUGGUCAGCAAUCUGUAACCGGAACCGAUUUAUCAGAAGAUAUUAAUUCACAUUGGGAAAUUAAAGCUCAAACUGGAAAACAUUGUAAAAGAGGUGAGCCUAUUAAAUGUGGAAGUAUAAUUAGAUUCACCCAUUUAACCACCAAAAAGAACCUUCAUUCACAUUUAUUCAGUUCUCCUUUAUCUGGUAACCAAGAAGUAUCUGCAUAUGGUAAUGACGGAGAAGGAGAUACUGGUGACCACUGGUAUGCAGAUUGCAGUGGAGACUAUUGGGAAAGAGAUGAUGAUAUUCGAUUAAAACAUGUAGAUACUGGAUCAUAUUUAAUGGCUUCAAGUUUAUCAUAUGGUCGACCAAUUAAUGGACAAAAAGAGAUUGCUGCCGUAAAAAACCCAGGACCAUUUUCAACUCAUUGGCGGGUCAAAGAAGGCAUAUUUAUCCAUAAAGACGAACCAAAUGAUUUUCAUUCAGAUUACCUACAUACAGAACUAUAAUAUUGUUCCAUUUAAGUAUUGAAUUCUCAAUUAUUUUAUAAUUUUGUACAUUCAUUAAGUACUACACACUGUUUAUAGCAGAAAACACAAUUAAAUAUGGUUUCCUUAAAAUCUAAAAUAAUUUAUAAUAACAAGGUUUA